ACUUUUACCUGCACGGAGCCCCGGGGCCCCGAGAGCAAAGUCCGUGGCGCCGGGCCAAGGAGGCGGCGGUCGGCAGCGCAGGUGCGCCCCAGCUCUCGGUCAGGCAAGAUGCCCCUGGGGCAAUGGAUAAAGAAGAAAGCCAAGUCCAAGGAGACCGCCCGGCUGGUGGAGGGCGAACAGGAGGGCGCGGGUGACGGCAGCCUCCCGGCGACCCCAGUUCCCCCACGCAGCCUGGUUUUCUACACGCAGCUGGCACACGGCAGCGCCACGGCCCGAGUGGAGAAUUUCUCCAACAUCCGGGAGCUCUACACCAAGAUCGCGGAGGUGUUUGAGAUCCCGCUGUCCGAGAUCUUAUAUUGCACUUUAAACACACCUAAAGUUGACAUGGGAAAAUUCUUAGAAGCACAAAUAGGUCUUGAAGAUUUCAUAUUUGCCCAUGUGAAAGGGAUCACGAAAGAAGUGAAUGUGUAUAAAUCUGAGGAUUCACUUGGUCUGACCAUUACAGAUAAUGGUGUGGGCUAUGCAUUUAUAAAGAAAAUUAAAGGUGGCAGUAUAAUUGAUUCAGCUAAAACAAUCUGUGUGGGGGAUCAUAUUGAAUCCAUAAAUGGAGAAAAUAUUGUUGGGUGGCGUCACUUUGAUGUUGCUAAGAAGUUAAAAGAAUUGAAAAAGGAGGAACUCUUUACCCUGAAGUUAGUAGAACCUAAGAAGGCAAUGGAAAUAGAGCCAAGGUCAAAAGCUGGAAAUUCAUCAAAAGAAAGAAAGUGUGGUAGAAAGGAUACACUUCGCCUGAGAUCAACAGGUCCUGCCACCAUGGAAGAAGUGCCCUCUGAAACCAAAGCCAAGGCAAUUGAAAAGAUUGAUGAUCUUCUUGAUUUGUACAUGGGAAUUCGAGAUGUUGAUUUAGCUACCACAAUGUUUGAAGCUGGAAAGGACAAAGGCAAUCCAGAUGAAUUUGCUGUGGCACUUGACAGCAUUCUUGGAGACUUUGGAUUCCCAGAUGAAUUUGUCUUUGAUGUGUGGGGAGCAAUCGGCGAUGCCAAACGAGAAGGAUUAUCAUGUGGAUGAUUCAUCACUGGAAAUGUGAACCAUUGUUCCCUUUAAAAAAAACCUGUAGGAUCUGCUUUUAGACACUGUUGUGGACUCUGGUCUGGUUUUAUGUGUAUGGAAUACGUUCUUUGAAAUAUGAUUUUGACUUCUGGGGAAUUUUUUAGUGCUGUUGUACAUGUAAUAUGUGUAAGAUAAAUUACUUAAAAUACCAAUUUUAAUAUUCAUUCAAAAGAUUUUUUAGAGUUUUAGGGAGUAUUUCUAGAUAGAUGAUUUUGCUCCCCACUAAUACCCACCGUUUGUUUUCCACAUAUACAUAGUUGAUUGCAAUAGCUUUGUAGUUCUUUUACAAAAUGUUAAUACAGUGAAAAUUAGGAUUGGAGUAUGAUUUGCCUCAUAGCAUCUUUAUUUUGUUAACUAGGUUGAACAGGAUACAUGCAGGAAAUUGAAAUGUGAAUUAUGCCUGCUAUAGUUCUGGGAUCAUUGUUUUAUUUUUUUAAUAUAGUGAGUAAGGGGAAGAAAAUUCCUAUAGCCUGUUGAUGUCUAUAAUCUACUUCCUUUGUACAAUAAGGAUUGGUUGAUUUUCAUAGUUUGCUUCUUAAAACCUGUUGUUGAAAUCUAUUGUGCUGUGUAUUUAUUUGCAUGUGUGGAAGAAGGGUGAUAAAGGUAGAUAGGAUAGAAACCACUUAUAUUUGAUUUUUAUAAAACACUUCUUAAAACAUUUUCUUUUCCCACCCAUACCUACUUUUAUGUUACCCUUUAUGUGCACUCCAGGGAAGUUU